UUGAUGAGCAUGUCCCAUUUUUCCCCUAUAUCUCGUCUGUGUUUUCCAGUCACUAUUAUUAUUGGCCAAGAAAAGUGUCCAGUGGAUGCUUUUAUUGAUUCUGGUGCGGAACAGAAUCUUAUUUCCAUAGAUAACAUAGAUAAAAUGUUAAGGAAGGAUCCCUUCACGUGUCAAGCGUGUACCCCAGAUAUGCUUGCAGUUUCAGUGGAUGGAAACCGCAAACAUUACCGUUUUAAGAAUGCAGCAAGAUCCGAAGAACAGGCUAUUUUUGAGGACAUCUUUAUAGCCAGGGAUGAAGACGUGGGAAGAUUUGUGGGCUAUGUACACAAAACAACCAGACAUGUUUCUGGAAGAGGUGUUUGUGGUGGUGAGUGGUCAGCAGCUAGAGAGACUUCCCACAGAUCCAGCAGUAAACUGGAUGAGGAGGGAUUGGAGCUUGCGGUGUGUAGACAUGGAGUGCUCCUUAGUGCUCUAAAUAUGUACAGGGGUGAAAUAUUUGCCUAUCCUUUGUACCUGCAAAAAAAGCUGGCCAAUAGACAUAUCACUUUUUUUUGUAUGGAUGUGACCUGCAAGUAUUGGCCAUAUCUUGAAAGAGUGACAAAAAGUUGCCCAGAGCUCCAACACCUUCUGCAAAUGAAGCCAUUUCUCUCGGUUUUCCAUGCCAAAGCCCAUGACUUCAAAUGUGAGAUAUGGAAAUCUGACUAGGUCAAGUGGAGUGGAGCAUUUCAGGGAUGGAGCUGGUUUGACCUUAUGGGAGGAAGUGGAGCAGUGUAAUGCAUUUCUCUCAAGGAUUGCAGUUACCACAAAACAUAUGUCCAAACCUGGACGGACAGACAUGCUGACUCUUAUGGCCAUGCGUUGGAAUCAGCUAAAAUUGGACAACUUGGCCACCUCACUGACCCGUCGUUAUCAGAAGGCCACAAAAGCUCUUCAAACUCAGCUUCAGAACCUGGAGUCCCUAAGAAUAGAGUUUUCAGUGUGUGACAGUCAAUUGGGUGACUGGGUCAGUGAUGUAAAGGAGUGGGCAGAAGCAGCAACAACUAGCAUAACAGAUGAAGAUUCCGUAGUGGGCCGAAUUGAAGUUCUGGUUGCAAGCAUCAAAACACGAUCCCAGCGUCUUUAUAAAGACACUGAUGGAAACAAAGCUCGUGCCAAGAUUCGCCACAAGAUCAGAGAGGAAAAAGGAAUUUUGACACUGGCUGUGGAAAAGUACAACAGAUUGGUUCCAAACACAGAAAUUCUGUGCUUGGAAGAAAUUCUGUCUGGUGACCCAGUUUGGCCAUGGCAGCAACCACACAGUGACUCUGUCUGUCUUACAAUAAAGAGAAGGGCAUUUGAUGGCAUCAUGGCAGUAAGGAGACUUGAAGAAGAAAAGAGGAUUCUUGUAAGAGAGAUGGAUCAUCACUGGAAAUCUCUUUUAGCCUAUGAGGAUACUCUCAAAAAGCUCUCCUACCUGUCUUCGAGUGGCUCAUUUAAAAGUUUAUGUAUGUGUAAUUUUAAAGGUUCGUCGUGUCCCCUAACUGAUGAGGGUUUAAAAGGUCUGCAGAACAUCAUUCUCAGAGAGCGGGAACAGAUGAUGAUGAGUUCUACAGCGACUCAGAAUGCUCAGAUGAUGGUCUGUAAUCAACAUCUGUGAAAUACCUGUUUUCUUUUUUGAAACUUUUACUCAUAUUACACAUAGUACUCUGAAAAAAGACCUACAGUGUUGACCUGCAAUUUUUAGAUUACUUUUAAUGACGUUGGAUUUUCAUCAAACCAUUAAUACUUUGAGUGCGGUAAUAACACUGUUAUUAAGCUAAAAAAACUGUUACAACACUACAGUAAACAGUUCCAUUGAUUAUGUAUUUGCUAGCAUAACCAACACAUGCUUUUGAUGUUUCAUUUUUAUUUUAUUUUCAUAGUAAUGUGUAUUAUUAAUGUGUAACUAUGUUUUUUUGUCAUUUUAGUAUACUGGUGUAAUGUGUCUUCCAUUUUGUCACUUGAAAUCUAAUCAAUUUGUCAGUCACUGUCUGUUAUAAAGAAAUCAGAACAAUAAAUUAGUAAAAUAUCUGUCAA